GGUGUUUUUCAUCUUCCUGGAGAGGAAGAUCUUGAAACUUUGGGAAGAAGUUGAAGCCCUUCUGCAAAGAGGAGGAUGAUAUUUUUAAGGAAAACAAGCCAGAAGUGCAGAGCUCUCUCCUUACAUUCCUUUAUCAUCACUUUGUGUCUCCUGACGAGGUUACACCAUUCUUUGGGAACAGUUUCCUCGAGUUUUAAGAUCAUGCACUGUCUGGCCAACAGCUCUGGAAAAAGUGCAUUUAAACAAAUGUUUUCAUGUUGUCUUCUCUCCCACCAGGAAGUUCUUUCUGGAGUUGUGGUCAUCACAAGUAAGGACACAGUCCAGCACCAGGGAAUCUCCUUAACCAUGGAGGGGUCAGUAAAUCUGCAGCUCAGUGCCAAAAGUGUGGGGGUGUUCGAGGCUUUCUACAACUCUGUCAAGCCUAUUCAGAUUAUUAACAGCACUAUUGAAAUGGUAAAACCAGGGAAGCUUCCCAGUGGCAAGACAGAAAUUCCCUUUGAAUUCCCACUGCACAUGAAGGGGAACAAAGUCCUGUACGAGACAUAUCAUGGUGUGUUUGUCAAUAUCCAGUACACCCUGAGGUGUGACAUGAGACGGUCUCUGCUGGCGAAGGACCUGACCAAGACCUGUGAAUUCAUUGUCCACUCCCUGUCACAGAAGGGGAAGCUGCUGCCCAGCCCUGUGGACUUCACAAUCACUCCUGAAACCCUGCAAAAUGUUAAAGAGAGAGCCUCCCUCCCCAAAUUCCUGAUCAGGGGGCACCUCAAUUCCACCAACUGUGUGAUCACCCAGCCCCUGACGGGGGAGCUGGUGGUGGAAAGCGCCGAGGCCGCCGUGAAGAGCAUCGAGCUGCAGCUGGUCAGAGUGGAGACCUGUGGCUGUGCUGAAGGUUAUGCCAGGGACGCCACGGAGAUCCAGAACAUCCAGAUCGCCGACGGCGACGUCUGCAGGGGCCUCCCCAUCCCCAUCUACAUGGUGUUCCCCAGGCUCUUCACCUGCCCCACCCUGGAAACAACCAACUUCAAAGUUGAGUUUGAGGUGAACAUCGUGGUCCUCCUGCACGACGACCAUCUCAUCACUGAGAACUUCCCACUGAAGCUCUGCAGGAUGUAAAGGACUUCCUGGAAAAGGCCCAAAUUCUUCAGAGGAGAAGUGAAACUUUAUCCCUGCCUGACUCCAGCUGGAGCCUCCUCACUCCCCGUGGGUCCUUCUUGUGCUUUCAGUUCUCUGCUCAUCUUUCCCAGAGAGCCCACCUGGACUUCCCAAUCCAGGCAGCCUUGGCAGGUCUCCUUCUGCCUUCAACAACCAUUUUAUCCCAACUUUUCCUCAGGCAAAUCCUGAAGGAAAUGAUUUUGCAGCUUUCUACAACUGAUGUAAGUACGUAGGAAGUUUCUCUCCUUAUUUAAUUCCAUCAUAUUUGGUCCAAAAUCCUUUGAAGACCCCUCAAACCUGCUGAAUCCUGUUUGGCAGGGCAUGGGAAUUGUGAUAUAAUGAUAAAUAGGGUCUUUGAAGGGGUAAAAAAAAUGGUGCUACAACCCUGGGAGGUGCUGCUGUGGGAUCAGUGUGAAAGAAGUGAAGUAACACUGAGGAAAUUUUGGUCAAAUUGGGAACAUGAGUCUGUGUUGGAGGAAUAAAUUCACCUGUUUGUAACUGUGCAGCUUAAAGGAACUUUAUAGGCAAGAAAGAACCUUCCCAACACAAACAGGUUGUGGAUUUUGGGGUUGUUUUAAUGGAACAGCCACGAGUUGAUUUUAAUUGUGAAUUUUUCCAUGAAUCUUCCCUGUGGGGGUAGAGGCAGGCUCAGUUAUAAAGUAUUAUGGGAACUGGAAGUGUAAAGGGGAGCUCUUGAAAAGGCAGAGUUAAGAAAAGUGCCCAAAGUCAUUUCCUUUGGCUUUAUCCAGCAGCUUUGCCAAGCAGGACAGUGGAAUUCCAGGGGUGGCCCUGGUGUUUUAGGGAGCAAUAGCUGGAAUUUUAUUUCAGUCUCUUACUGAGGGGGAAAAAAGUGCUAUUUAAUAAAACUUCACACUUUUCCCUAAGAGCAGGGGAUGGUACAGGGUGAUUUUUGGGAAGUGGAAGCCACUCUGUAGCCCCGGAGCAGCUCUUCCACCUUCUGUUGUCCUAAGGGAUGUGGGAAGAGGAGCCCCAGCACCUGGAUUAGGGAGGCUGCAACCCCCUAAAAAUACUGGAAGCUGAAAAGGAGGCAAGUGCUGGAAUUCCUCAGGCUCCAAGGUGCUUCAGCUCCAUGGAAUUAUUUACUCACCCAGAACUCAAGACUUAGCAGAAAUAUGACACAAACCCCAACCCUGCAUGAGCUGCAGCAGUAAUUUUAAUUUCUUAUUCAAGUGCCAAUUCAUACACUGAUUAAUCACAGAGUAGUUUAAAACUUCAGCUGGAGGAUAUUUAUCACUGGGGGGAACAAGUGAUCCCUAGAAUUAGCUAAUGAGCUCAUAAUCCAGUUAAUGCUGCCUGGAUUCAGACAACAGCCACAUUUGAUUUUCAGUUUGAGGUUUUCAGUCUCCACUCCUCAUUUUUUGGCUCUUGGAGGCAAAUGUGACAGUGCUGAAGGUGCUCUGGCAAGCUCAGACUCUGAAGGCAGUGGGAAAACCAUUCUUGGAGCUGUUUAUAUUCUGCCCCUCACUGGUGACCAAUUCCUGCACAAAAUACAGAUGUUGCUUCAGCUAAAAAAAAAUCUUGUCAUUCUCAUUUAAACAGAUCAGCUCUUCAACAGUGGGGGGAAAUUCAAACCCUAUUUUGAGGGUUUGAAUUAAAGAAUCCAUUAAAGAAUGGAUCCACUGUAUUCCAGCUCCAUUCACGUGAACACUUUAAAAUUCUUGCUUCAAUAAAUUACUAAAAGUCAGUAUUUAAACAAUUUGAAUUUAUGCAGAGAGAGGAGCUGCAGGGAUGAACUGCACUCAAAAGGGCCUGACUGGAAUCCUGCAGUUCAACUGGAAUUGUUGAUGCCAGAGGAAGGGAAUAUCUUGGCUCUUCCAAUUCUGCAUUUGGGUAUCCUGCUUGUUUGAUAUUGGAAUUUGGUUGCAGUGUGGAAUAAACCCGAGGGAAAGCUCCCUCUUCACAGGAAUUAUGCUCUGGCCUUUCAGAUAAAAUAGAUUUGCUACUUUCAAUUAAAU